GCUAAAAAGAACAGGCCAGAGGGAAAAAUGUGCGUCAAAUGCAAUCAAAUGGCUGUCAUAGCUUCUUAUGACAGAUGUUUUAAUCUACUUUGUUAAUUCGUGCGACGAAGACGGAAGCGAGGUUCCUCUCUCCAUUCUCGAGUCUCAGGUCGUCGUGGUGCCACGCAUCUUCGUUACACUCGUCGUUAUUGUUGCAAUUCACGUCCGUUCGAGAAGACUCGUAGUGAGAGAAAGAGAUAGAGCACGGGAAGAAGGCGCUUCGUCAAAUGUCUCGCGGCUGAAGUGGUUAGAUAUCUCCUCGGGGAGAAGCUAAGAGUGGGAAAGAGAUAGAUAUAGACAGAGCCAGCUGGUUCUGCGGGUGAAGCCCGUUGUGGGCCAAACGUGAGGAAGUAUCCGCUGGUGUUGGUGAGGGCAGUAAAUAAUAUCGCUCCGUCAAUCAACGUCCGCCGUUGAGUUAUCGAGAAUGGCAAAGACGUACGACUAUUUAUUCAAAUUGCUGCUGAUCGGCGAUUCCGGCGUGGGCAAGACCUGUGUGUUGUUCCGUUUCUCCGAAGACGCCUUCAACACGACCUUCAUCUCCACCAUCGGCAUCGACUUUAAGAUUCGCACUAUCGAAUUGGAUGGCAAGAAAAUUAAACUACAGAUAUGGGACACUGCUGGACAAGAGAGGUUUCGUACUAUAACCACAGCUUACUAUCGUGGAGCAAUGGGUAUCAUGUUGGUGUACGAUGUCACAAAUGACAAAAGUUUUGAGAAUAUUAAGAACUGGAUUCGGAAUAUAGAAGAGAAUGCAUCUGCGGAUGUGGAGAAAAUGUUGUUAGGUAAUAAAUGCGAGCUCACGGACAAGAGGCAAGUCACCAAGGAAAGGGGCGAGCAGUUAGCUGUUGAAUACGGCAUUAAAUUUAUGGAAACUUCAGCGAAAUCUAGUAUCAAUGUGGAAGAGGCUUUUUACACCUUGGCUCGUGAUAUCAAAGCAAAAAUGGAAAAGAAACUGAAGGAGGCAUCGAAUCCACCAAAAGGAGGUGGCCAUCAGUUGAAAGCUUCAGAACCACAGAGGAAGCCACCUAGUUGGCUCGCUCGUUGUACUAUACUCUGACCCCCCAAAUAUAUGCAACUGUACAACGAGGCGCAUCUAUUUACUAUCAUUAUUUACUUAUGUUCAUUUCGCCGAACAAAUCGGGUGUUUUGUGAAACUUUUUAUAUCCCAAGCGUUGGGUCUAGUGGGUUUACUCCUUGAUGAUGAUGAAAUAUACCCGUCGUACUAAAGACUCGGAAAUUAUUUACAUAAAUGUAUUAUUUGCCGAAAAAAACCCUCAGAGGAGAAAGUAUUCGAUUUUUCUAACUUAUUGUAUAAGAAGCGUCUUAUGUUUUAGUUGGUACAGCGGUUAUAGAAUUUAUGCUGCUCUCAUUAAAUUCGAUUGGAUGGAUUUGCGCGAUAGUAUUGUGAUAAGUAGGUUGAUCGGGAUCCUUGGUAGGUAUCCUUUAUCUAUAUCUUAUCUAUAUGAUAUCAGAAAGUUUAUGAAAUCGGUCGGAAGCCUCCGCUGUAAUUCUAUCUAUCUGUAAUAUAUCAAAUUAAAUGAAUUUCUCCUCUGGUUUUCUCAUGUAACUAAAGGAGCAUGAUUUCUUUUUUUCAUUUUAUAGGAGAGAGUCAAUAUUAAGUAUACAAGUUAGUACGUAUGUUACUUAAAACUUUAGCGGCAAUGGUAUAAUGUGUAAAUUUUUUCGUGCACGAAAUUCUAUAUCGUUUCAACGUGAUUUACCAUCGUGUAUGUUUUCAUUUAAUUCGGAGGACGAUGUGUCUAGAGAAAUGCAUAUAUAAAAACACAUCACCGUGCAACAUCACAUACACACGAUGAUUAGAAGUAAAGAGGUACACACACAUACACACACACAUACGUAUAUAUACAUAUAAAUGUAAGAUUAAGCAGUAUCACGACCGUUUUUAUACUGUUACUAAGCAAAUAGCUUUUUCACAAAAUUAACGGAAAAACGUUAAGUGUACUAGAGCAUUAACUGAUGGAAUUAAAAUGCCUUGUGACGAAUUGAACAAGAACUUUACAUAGACAAUUUAGUUAUAUAUCGCAAGAUAGUUGUAGGAUUUUUAUUGGGUCUGCAAGAAAAAAGGGGAUAUGAGCAUACAAGUACAUACGCGAGGUUUCCGAUAGUAUUACGUUGCAUGUAAGAAUGGCUUCGUUUGCAGGGACCUACGAUAAAACAAAGAUUUUAUUCGUUGGUUGUCAUAAUGUGUAUCUUUUUAACAGAAAUUUGCAUUUUUACCAUUUGAACUUGUUCGACUUAUACUUAAAUAUACAGACGAUUAUUAUAA